GUGUGUGUGAGCCCAGCAAGGGCAGAGCCAUGCAAGAGGUGCCCUACCCCGUACCUUUCCGGGCCUGGAAUUCAGUCCUGUGUGUGGAGGUGGUCCCUCCCAAUGCUGAAGCAGGAUGGGAGUGGUGAGCAGCAAAAGGCAGGUCAAGGAGAAGGGAAAGGGCAGAUGGAGCCCCGUGAAGGCCGGCACCCAGGGCAAAGAGGCCCCACCACUGCCGCCCCUGAUCGUGUUUAACCACCUGGCUCCCCCCGCUCCUGGCACCACGCACCCGGACCAAGAGGAACACUUUGUGGUGGCCCUGUAUGACUACAAAGCCAUGAACGACCGGGACCUGCAGAUGCUGAAGGGGGAGAAGCUGCAGAUCCUGAAGGAAGCUGGAGACUGGUGGUUGGCCAAGUCUCUCAUCACAGGAAGAGAAGGCUACGUGCCCAGCAACUUUGUGACCCGAAUAGAGACCCUGGAAGUGGAAAAGUGGUUCUUUAGAUCAAUUUGCCGGAGAGAUGCCGAGAGGCAGCUUCUGGCUCCAAUCAAUAAGGCCGGCUCCUUUCUUAUUAGAGAGAGCGAAACCAGCAAAGGUGCCUUUUCUCUGUCUGUGAAGGAUGUGACCACCCAGGGGGAGGUGAUCAAACACUAUAAGAUCCGCUCCCUGGAUGAAGGCGGCUAUUACAUCUCCCCCCGAAACACCUUCCCCACCCUGCAGGCUUUGGUGCAGCACUAUUCUAAGAAAGGGGAUGGUUUGUGCCAGAGGCUGACCCAACCCUGUGUGAGCCUGGCUCUCCAGAACCCCUGGGCCCAGGAUGAAUGGGAAAUCCCCCGGCAGUCUCUCAAGCUGCUCAGGAAACUUGGGUCUGGGCAGUUUGGCGAAGUCUGGAUGGGUUAUUACAAAAACAACAUCAAGGUGGCCAUCAAGACCUUGAAGGAGGGAACCAUGUCUCCGGAGGCCUUCCUGGGUGAGGCCAACCUGAUGAAAACUCUCCGGCAUGAGAGGCUGGUCCGUCUCUACGCCGUGGUCACCAAGGAGCCCAUCUACAUCGUGACCGAGUACAUGGCCAGAGGCUGCUUGCUGGAUUUCCUGAAGACGGAUGAAGGUAACCGAUUGUCCCUCCCAAGGCUGAUCGACAUGUCGGCCCAGAUUGCAGAAGGAAUGGCGUAUAUCGAGCAGAUGAAUUCAAUCCACCGGGACCUGAGGGCGGCCAACAUCCUGGUGUCUGAGACCUUGUGCUGCAAAAUCGGUGACUUUGGCUUGGCCCGCAUCAUCGACAAUGAAUACACUGCCCAAGAGGGGGCCAAGUUCCCCAUCAAGUGGACCGCCCCAGAGGCCAUCCACUUCGGGGUGUUCACCAUCAAAGCAGACGUGUGGUCGUUUGGAAUCCUCCUGAUGGAAAUCAUCACUUACGGGCGUGUGCCCUACCCAGGGAUGAGCAACCCCGAGGUCAUCCGCAACCUGGAGCGCGGCUACCGCAUGCCGCGCCCAGAUUCGUGCCCGCCCGAGCUGUACAGCAGCGUUAUCGCCGAGUGCUGGCGCAGCCGGCCCGAGGAGCGGCCCACCUUCGAGUUCCUGCAGUCGGUGCUCGAGGACUUCCACACGGCCACCGAGGGCCAGUACGAGCUGCAGCCCUAGGCCCGUGUGCAACUGACGAGGACUCUUCACCCGGCGGCUUCCUCAGCCCCAGAUGGGCUGGAAAGGCAGGGAGGGGUCGGCACGCCCAUUUCUCAGAUGAGCAAACUAGAGGUAGAGCGGCCUGGCAGGUGGGUCACGGCUUGGACUCCGGAUCCAAUCUCAGCACGAACCUUCUCCGGCUGUGUGCCCCUGGGCGAGUUACUUAGCCUCUCUGUGCCUCCGCCUUCUCAUUGGCACAACGGGAAAGAACCACAGUUGUAUCUACCUCGUAUGUUCUUCACGAGGAUGACCCGCUAAGGUGUUCAGAAUAAUGCCUGGCACACUCGUGUUUGUCAUCAUGUCAUAUAAGGCUUCCUGUGCUGGCACCAAAAGCCAGGCGUCUACUGCAGGUGACCUGAGUCCCGCGGGCUCCCACCUGACCCAU